UCACGUGACUGAUCACGUGGUCUCGACCUCAUCACAGGUCCUUUCUCUUUUCGGGACUGUUCUACUCUGGGAAGUUGUGUGCUGCAGCGGAGAAUACAUCAUACAAUAUUCCAGAAUAUGGCAUUGAAGCAGAUUUCCAGCAACAAGUGCUUUGAAGGGUUCCAGAAAGUGUUUGAGCAUGACAGUACGGAACUGAAAUGUAAGAUGAAAUUUGGGAUCUAUCUGCCACCUAAAGCUGAAAGUGGCAAAUGCCCAGUGCUGUACUGGUUAUCAGGGUUGACGUGCACAGAGCAAAACUUUAUCACCAAGACCGCCUACCACCAGGCCGCCUCUGAGCUUGGCAUCAUUGUAGUAGCGCCUGACACCAGUCCUCGUGGCUGCAAUAUAGAUGGGGAAGAGGAGAGCUGGGACUUUGGCACUGGAGCGGGAUUCUAUGUCAAUGCCAAUGAAGAACCCUGGAAAACAAAUUACAGAAUGUAUUCUUACGUUGUGGAGGAGCUACCUCAACUCAUAAAUGGAAAUUUCCCAACUGAUCCAGACAGGAUUUCUAUAUUUGGGCACUCUAUGGGUGGACAUGGCGCUUUGAUCUGUGCACUGAAAAACCCUGGGAAGUAUAAGAGUGUUUCAGCAUUUGCACCUAUUUGUAAUCCCAUUCAAUGUCCCUGGGGUCAGAAAGCAUUUGGUGGAUACUUGGGAUCAGACAGCAGUAAAUGGGAGGCAUAUGAUGCGACUCAUCUGGUGAAGACGUACUCUGGCUCACAGCUAGACAUUCUAAUUGACCAGGGGAAAGAUGACCAGUUCCUCUCUGCGGGGCAGCUCUUGCCUGACAAUUUUAUCGCAGCAUGUACUGAACGGAAAAUUCCUGUUGUGUUCAGACUGCAAGAGGGUUACGACCACAGCUACUUCUUCAUCACUACGUUUAUAAAUGACCACAUCAGACACCAUGCAAAAUAUCUGAAUGCUUAAGUUACUUCUAGUUAGAAGGUUGGUCCAUAAGUGGCAACAUCUGGAAGGUUGUGAUUUCUAUAGUAGAUGGGUUUAAUCAUUGUUAAACAAUGUGUCACUGUCCAAAUAAAGCAUAAUUGUAAAAUGAAA